AUGAUGGCUGCCACCGCCACAGCUGCGGCUAGCCAACCCUCAACUCUCAGCAAUGGCAGAGCCAAUGCCCCUGCUCCUGCUCUCUCUUCGAGCGCACCAUCUCCAUUCCUUGCUCAGCGCAACCCCUUCAAUAAUGCCGCCAUUAUCUCAUGCUCCUAUCCAGGCUUCUCCAAACCCCAAGAAGUUACUCUUGUCGGAAGGCAGGAGGCCAAUCAUGAGACGGAAGACAGCAGGUGGCUGGACACCCAACUUCAUACACCAGCAGCCAACUCCCAGCAACAGUGCACCUCCAUCUCGCCCUGGGACCCGCGUUCUCCAGAUGGCGAGCCCUCGAGAAAACGGCAAAAAAUCAUGUCAACGCCACAAAGGAUAGCACCAGAAGCAAUGUUGAGCAGAGAUUAUGAACAGAAGCCGUCACCUUCCAGGAUGAUUCAAGAGCCCAAAUCAGUUGCUCGGUCUGUCAGCCCAAAAGCUAGUCGUCGAGCAUCCGCCCAAUCACCAGGAGUUGAUAAAGCUCGAGAGGCUGAAGUCACACAGGUCCCAAAGCAAAAGGCUAAGGAGGGCCUGCGGAUAGCGCCCCUCACUCUGGCUAGUGUAAAGUUUCUGGACAGUUCCCAGGUUCCUACAUCAACAUCACACUCCUCUGGAGAGCUCGAGCUCGGAGUGAACGAGAGUCCUCUCAAGCAACACGACAAGUUGACCUCUGGUCCUUCCCUUAAUGAGGGAAUCAAAGGUUAUUGGAAUGAGAAGGUCAACAGUGGCGCUGAUCCAUUGCGCUCUACUUCCAAGCUUUCCGUUCUUCUCAAUGGACAAGGCAAAAAACCGUUGCUUGAGCGGAUUGGCUCGACGAGCUCAUCCUCUCGAGAAGUCAAUGACAAAUCGCUUGACGGCUUGCCACAGACGUUACAUUUCCCUUUUCCUGAACCACACCCGUCCCCUGGGAUGAUUAAGUUCCAACCGAAGGGUCAAACAGAACCGAGAACAAUAGAUGUCGAGCUCUUUGACUCCCUCAUAUACUCACAAGAAGGCGCCUCUUCACCACCGCCCGGCGUUAAACUACGGAAGAUAGAUCAAUCUUCAUCCUCGAGCUGCAGCCAACAACCCUCCUCCCAGACUAAAACCUCAACAAAGCGACCUCUCAAGACCGAAGACCAAGACGAACCUUAUUACGCCCCAAUCGACCCCCGCAUCCACUGGCCUCAGCGCCAUUCCGAGGACUGGCUCCUCGCCAAGAAAGAGGAGAUUGCCCGACGUCCGGGGCGUAAAGCCAACUUCGGCCGCGCCGCCGAUUCUUUGCGUGCACGUCUCCGUGAGCAACAGGAGCAGGCUGGGAAUGAUGCUGGUCGAGCAUGGCUUAACACACUGCCGGAGAAGAUCGCGGCAAACCCUGCUUGGGUGAGGGCGUUGAGAUGGUUGGAGGGGUUGCCCCCCCUAUUAGAAGGGGAAUGUUUUGGUGAGGGUGAGGGAAAGAGUGCAGGCGCCGAGGGAGAAAAGCAGCCAAGUGCGAGAGGAGGAAAGGGAGGGAAGAGAGGGGGUAUGGGUAGGAGGAGGAGGAGGGGGAGCUCGAGCAGCCGGAAUGGGAAUGGGAAAGGAAGUGGCGUGGUUAAUGGGACGUGA